CAACGACGACGAGGGAUGUGAAAGAAUGACAUGUGACUCUGAGACUGAAGCUUAGUCAGCGUGUGUGUACGAUGUCAAAUCCCCUAUAGAUAAGUCAAGGCGCCUUCAUUAGGUCUUCAUCGGACGAAUUAGUUACGCCCGGUUCACUCCAGUUGAACCACGAAACAUCCUCUCUCACAGACCACCACUAGCCAUGUCCACACAAGCUGCAGCACCUUCUCCGCCACCUCUUGUGGCCUCGAAGCCCAAGAAGCAGCCCUACCCCUUCUAUCUCGGUGGUCUUGCAGCAACAAUUGCUGCUUCCAUUACCCACCCUCUUGACCUUACCAAGGUCCGCCUUCAGGCGUCGGGUGACAAGCGUAUGAUAGAGUCCAUAAAGAAGACCGUCCGCACUGCAGGCGCCAGGGGUCUCUUCGAUGGUAUCACUGGUACAUGGAUGCGCCAGAUGAGCUACAGCUUGUGUCGCUUUUGGGCUUAUGAUGAGAGCAAAAAGCUCUUGGGAGCAACACCCCAAAGCCCUGCGUGGGUUCUCGCCACAGCAGGUGUCAUGGCUGGCUCCAUCGCGGGUGUGGUGGGUAAUCCUGGAGAGGUCGUUAUGGUCCGUCUGCAAGGAGACUUCGCAAAACCACCCGAAAAGCGGUUUAAUUAUAAGCAUUGCUUUGACGCAUUAUUCAGAAUGGUCCGCGAGGAGGGCCCAUCAUCGCUUUUGCGAGGUGUAGGCCCAAAUGUCUUCCGGAGCAUCUUGAUGAACUCCAGUCAACUGGCAUCGUACGACUUCUUCAAGGCUGAGCUCCUGAAGACAAAGUACUUCGAUGACAACAUCGGUUGUCAUUUCACAGCCAGUUUCGCGGCAGGAACUGUUGCCACAACCGUCUGCUCACCCGCAGACGUGCUUAAGAGCCGUAUCAUGAACGCUUCUGGGCCCGGAUCGAGCUCAACAAUCGGAGUGAUCCGCGCUUCUUUAGCAAGCGAAGGCCCAAUGUUCAUGUUCAAAGGCUGGCUCCCCGCAUGGUCGCGUCUCCAGCCCACCACAAUCCUCAUCUUCCUAACUCUUGAGCAACUGAAAAACGCCGUCGACUGGAAGCGUGGGUCGUUGUAAACUAGAACGCGGCACAUGAUUUCGUUUGUGAUCAAAAAGAUUUGGAUGUGGAUUUGGAUUUGUUGCUUGGAGGGACCAUGUGUGCGAUACCACGCAUAGAUCUAUCCUGGAGAUAUCACGGAGGGGAAGUACCCUUGGUACUAUUGUUUGUUGAUAUGAGAUCCCUGAGUUUUUUUUCACUCGCUCGCUCGCUCGUUUAUAUCGUUGCAUGGCUUUUUUUGCUACGCUGUGAUUUUGUAUUUCACUUACUUGCUUAACGCGCAUUGUCAAGUUUGUCAGAGGCG